ACUUAAUCUCUCAACCCGCUCAUUAAAGUGAAACGCACAAUCAAAAAGAUAUAAGAAAAAAGAAGUUCAGUAAUCGAAUAAAAUUGGAAGCCAUUGCCCUUUUACCUCUUCAGACAUUAAAAAGGGUUGAGAAAAGAAAAUAAUUCAAAUUGAGAGAUAAAAGGGUUGGAUUAAAAGCUUUGUGAUUACGCUAAAUAUCAAUGACAUUUGAUUAGCUUUUUUACUUUUUUAUUUUUUCCAUUUUAAUCUUCAUCUUCAUCUUUCACAUGGUCACCAUUCUACUAUGAUUAUUGCUCUCGGCUAUUUAGAUUAUCUCAUGUACUUCCUAUUCUCUUCCUACUUUCCUUCAUAUUAAUUGCUUUGACUUUGAUAGAAAUGUCACCAAUCUUUAGAAAAAGUUUAGAUUAACAGAUCUGUUAAUUAAAUGAACAAGAGACUCACCGAGAAUUUAUCUUGAUGAUUAUUUGAAUCAAUCAUUAGAAUUGGAAUAAUUUUAUUAGAAAAAGAUGAUAAUGGAACCCGGAAAAAUCAAAAAGAAUCAAAUGAAAUAUGAAGAUGAAGAUUGAUAAAAGUUCCGAAAAGAAAUAAAAAAGGAAGAUAAUAAAUGAUGUUUUUCUUGUUAAUCUUAUGAAUAAAUGUAUUGCCCUUUUGUGGCCAUUCCAAUGAUCUCAAACAACCGGAUUAUUGAUUUUCUUUGCAAGAAUCAAGGGGAAAGUAAAGUCCAACCCCCUCCCGAUCUGUGGAUCCACCAAGUACCAGGUAAGAAGAGACCGGUCUUGGCCCGUCUUCUUAUUGACCUUAACUGCCCACCACAGGUUAUAAAGAAACCAAAUACUCCAGUGAAAGUCAUUUACAUUUAAACUUCACUCUGGGAUCAGUUAACUUGAAAAACUUUAAUUGUGCUCAAUUGAAACGGGAACAUUUUUUUUCCAAUUGUGAUCAGCGAAAGUGUUGUUACAAUAAUUAACUCAAUCAAAAUGAAAGGAUUAAUCAUCUCAAUCUUUAUUGUUUCUCUUUUUGUAAUCGGUAAUGGUUUACCUGUUGCUGGACCUGUUGUUGAAUCAGUUGAAUCAAAAUCAAGUGGAUCAACUGAAUCAAUCCUUUUCUAUGGAUCUAAAUCAGAAACUGUCGUUCCAUCAGUUGAUGGAGUUGAAGGUAAUUCGGUUGUCAAUGAUUUAGUUGCUGCUCCAGUUUCAUCAGUUGGCUUAGAUGAGAUCUCGCCAGUGGCUGAUAAAUCAAAAUCACCAGUGGUCUCUAAUCAGGAUGAAAUUUCAGUUGACAAACUCGCCACUGUGUCAACAAUUAUCUCUGAUUCAGUUCCCGAAAAGAAAGUAAAAAAAGGUAAAUCAGAUGAAGGUAAAUCUUCAACUGUACAAAAAGUUCAGAAAGUGGAAAGUUCAGAAAAAGUUGCUGAGGUUCCAGUUGCAUCGCCAUCAGUUGCUGAAGUUCAAACUGAAGCUCCAUCUCAAUACUCAGCAGGAGUUUCAGAGGAUUCAGUUGCCAAGAAUUCACCCCAAGUGGCUCCAGUUGCUGAUUCUGUUCCUGUAGCUGUUGCUCUCGCUGCACCAACCAUCAAGGUUGUUCCUGUCAAAGCUGAUGAGGUUAAGCCUGAAGCAACUGCUGCCGCCUCUGCUUCAUCCUCCAGCUCAGAUAUUUCAGCUUAUCUUGCUGAGCCAAUCAACCAGGCAACCAAAUUACUUGUUGACCUUGAACAACAGAUAAAAGGUUAUCUCAAUACUGACUUGAAAGAUGAUGCUGCAUCCACUUUGAGUCCACUUUCUUAUGGAGCUGGUUCAGAAGAGCCCGCUAUUGAGCCCAGUUCAACUGAUGCCCGUCAAAAUGAGCAAAUUGCUGGUAUGGUUGAUCAAAUCGAAAUGACCAUUCACAAUCUUGAUCAAUCAAUUGAAGAUUUGAUGGCCAAUCGACGAUACAUGACCGCCGCUAUGAUGCGAUCAAUGAGAUCCUAUUUACGAGGAGUACAAAACAAUUUACAACGUCUUCAGAAUCGACUUCGAGCCCUUCAAGCUGUUGCAUCUUCAGCUUCUGCCCCACCCGCUGACGAUGGCUCAGGAACUGCUGGCUAUCCAAGCAACGCUUUCUUUGAAAGUUUAAGAGUUCGAGUUAACCGAAUCACAACCGACAUUACCAACCUCAUGAACCGAAUGAGAUCAACUUUGGUUUCAUCAACCACUGCCAGACCGUUCAGUGGUUAAUCAAUCAUCACAAUCACCCACCUUAACCCACCUUAACCCACCUCAGGUAAUAAUUUACUUGCACAGGAUGUAUAAUAACGGGUCAUCGUUUGAUUAAAUUAUUACAAUUUUCACCUAAUCAACUCAACUCACUUUCAUUAUCAAUUCAAUUUCAAUAAAAACCAACAUGUUUAACAACAUAACAA